GCGGGAUUCAGAUGUCGCGUGAUCAGGGGACCGAACUGACCGCUUAUCUCAGUGGACAGCAGCUAAAAACAAGUCAUAAAUAGAAAUAUUACACGUUAUUUUUUGACACCAGGGAGGCAUUUGAGCGACGGCGUUUUCUUCAAAAGGAAAUGUUUCAGUUGGACUAAUUUCUGACACAUCACCACAAUGUCGGGGAACAAUCUGGUUCUACCCAUAGUGCUAUGGGGUCGCACUGCUCCUACUCACUGCAUCAGCAGCCUGCUGGUGAUGGACGACUUCAGCACCAUCAUCACUGGAUGUCAUGAUGGACAGAUCUGCCUCUGGGACAUGACACCUGAGCUGGAGAUUUGUCCCAGAGCCAUGUUAUUUGGACAUACAGCCUCCAUCACCUGUCUUUCUAAGGCCAGUGUGUGCAGUGAUAAACACUACAUUGUUAGUGCAUCAGAGAGUGGAGAGAUGUGUUUGUGGGAUGUAAAUGAUGGCCGCUGCAUCGAGUUCACCAAGCUGGCCUGUGCUCACACUGGCAUACAGUUUUAUCAAUUCACCAUCGGCACUCAGAGGGAGGGACGUCUGCUUUGCAAUGGCCAUUACCCAGAAAUCCUUGUGGUGGAUGCCACCAGCUUGGAGGUUCUGUACUCACUGGUAUCCAAGAUUUCUCCUGACUGGAUCAGCUCUAUGAGCAUCAUUCGAUCUCACCGAACACAAGAGGACACUGUGGUGGCAGUGUCUGUCACUGGAAUUUUGAAGGUCUGGAUCAUCACAGCCGAGGUCAGCAAGAUGCAGGACCUGGACCCAGUGUUUGAAGAAGAGUCCAAACCCAUUUACUGUCAGGGCUGUCAGAGUAUUUCCUUCUGUACCUUCACUCAGAGCAGCCUACUUGUUGUCUGCUCAAAGUACUGGAGGGUAUUUGAUGCAGGUGACUACUCGUUGCUCUGCUCAGUGUCCAGUGAAAAUGAUCAGGCCUGGACGGGGGGAGAGUUCAUCGCUGCAGACAAAGUCAUCGUCUGGACUGAGGAUGGAUGCAGUUACAUUUACAAGCUACCUGCUAGUUGUCAGCGUGCUAGUGAACACUUCCGGAGUGAUGUUGGGAAAACAAAAGAAGGCUCUAUUCCUCCGCUCAUCUACAGCAUCACUGACUGCGCAGACAAACAGAAGAAUGGGGAAGGAGGUGAGGAGGAGGGGGAGGAGGUGGCUGUGGAGGUGAUGUGCCUCCCUCCCAGUGGGUACGACUUGGAGCUUUACAUCCCCGAGCUGCUAUUCAACCACCGGCCUCUAGAGGCGCCACUUCUGAUCUGUCCCCCUGUGACUCGGUUCUUUUUCGGCCGUCGGGAGCCCUUCUACAAGCUGCUGAUCCAGGGAGACUCGGCAGGAAGGCUGUCCCUGUGGAGCAUCCCGGACGCGUUGCCUCGCCAGACAUUCUCAGGUCCAACUGAACUGCAGGUGUCAUCCACUAUCAGUCUUCAGGAGGCCUUUGAUAAGCUGACCCCUGUGUCUUCAGGGAUCAUUGACCAGCUCAGUGUUCUCCCUGGCAAAGAGCAACCCAUCAAGGUGACAGCCAGCGUGUACAUCCCCUCCCAAGGUCGGCUUGUGUGUGGGAGAGAAGACGGAAGCAUCAUCCUGGUUCCUGCCACUCAGACUGCCAUUGUCCAGCUUCUGCAGGGAGAGCACAUGCUCCGGAGAGGCUGGCCUCCACAUCGCACCCUGCGAGGCCACAGGAACAAGGUCACGUGCGUGCUGUAUCCGUACCAGAUCUCUCCCCGCUACGACCAGCGCUCGCUCGUGUCGGGAGGAGUGGAUUUCUCUGUGAUUGUGUGGGACAUUUUUACCGGUGAGAUGAAACACAUCUUCUGUGUCCACGGAGGAGAAAUCACCCAGCUCAUCGUCCCCCCAGAAAACUGCAGCACCCGGGUGCAGCACUGUGUCUGCUCUGUGGCCAGCGAUCACUCCGUCGGCCUUCUCAGUCUCAGGGAACGGAAGUGCAUCAUGCUGGCGUCACGACACCUGUUCCCCAUCCAUGUCAUCAAGUGGCGCCCGGCAGACGACUACUUAGUGGUGGGAUGCUCCGACGGUUCUGUCUACGUCUGGCAGAUGGAUACAGGCGCCUUGGACCGCUGUGUGAUGGGUAUAACGGCAGUGGAGAUCCUGAACGCCUGCGACGAGCUGGCUCCAGCAGCCGUGGACUCCCUGAGCCACUCAGCUGUGAACCUGAAGCAGGCGAUGACGCGCCGCAGCCUGGCAGCCCUGAAGAACAUGGCCCAGCACAAGCUGCAGACGCUGGCCACCAACCUGCUGGCUGCAGACAACGCUGACAAGACUCUAACUGGAUCACCGUUGUCUGAUCACAGUCAUCAGGACAACCUCCCAAAAUACUCCCAUAAUGCACUGGUGGUCCAAGCAAUGAAGUCAAACACUACGGACGCUGACAUGCAUGUGCUGUUCUUUGAUGUGGAGGCCAUGAUCAUCCAGCUGCUGACGGAGGAAGCUCAAAGACCCAACCCCAUGCUGGUGUCCCCAGAGACGCUGCAGAAGAGCCAGGCUGGAGCUGACAAAGGGGGGUCCUUCCUGGCCAAUAAGAUCUUUAAACAGGUAAAAGAGACAAUGAAGGAGACCAUCAAGGAGCACCUGCUCGAUGAAGACGAGGAGGAGGAGGAGGAAAUGAGGAGGCGGGAGGAGAAGUCCAAGUCUCUAAGUCUGCUGGAAUACAACCUGACCAUGGACACAGCCAAGCUCUUCAUGUCGUGCCUGCAUGCCUGGGGUCUCAACGAGCAGCUGGACGGCAUAUGUAUGGAUCGGCUGGGCAUGCUCAGACCGCACUGCCCCAUCUCCUUUGGCCUGAUCUCCAGAGGUGGCCACAUGUCCCUAAUGCUUCCCACCUUCAAGGAAUCUCUGCUGCAUCAGUUGUCCCUGGCAACCGGGAGAAAACUGGCCCUGUCAGACAUUGUGGGGAAAGGGACGUACGGCGUGUCGAGGGCGGUCACCACUCAGCACCUGUUGUCGGUCAUCUCGCUGGCCAACACUCUCAUGGGCAUGACCAACGCCACGUUUGUAGGGGAGCACAUGAAAAAAGCCCCAGCCAGGCCUCCCAGGCCAGGAGGAACCCCGGAGACUCCUCGCAGGACGUCGGCUGCCCCCCCCCAGCCCUCCAACCCGGCACUACAGGCCCAGAUCAAACAAGCUGCUGUAGCUGCUGCAGCCAACAUCGCCGCUGCUGCUACUGCUACCAGUGCAGGGGCUCCAGGGGGGAGCUCUGGCUCCCCCAGCCCUGGCCCUGCUUCUCAUAACAUCCCCUCAGUCAACGAAGGUUGGAGCCAGCUGGCAGCCAUGCACUGUGUGAUGCUGCCUGACCUUCUGGGGCUGGACAAGUUCAGACCUCCGCUGCUGGAGAUGUUGGCGAGGAGAUGGCAGGACCGCUGUCUGGAGGUACGAGAAGCAGCACAAGCUCUUCUUCUGGCUGAGUUGAGGAGGAUCGGUCAGUCUGGACGUAAGGACACUAUUGACUUGUGGGCUCCCUACCUGCCUCAGUAUGUGGACACCGUCAGCUCCCCUGGGGCAACCAUGGAGCCCUCCCCUCCAGCCCCUCCCCCUCCCGAGGCUCAGCUCAUGGAAACCAAGGCUCCUGAGGAAGAAAUGGAUGUAGCUGAUGAUGACAUCACAGCAGGCUGUCUGUCCAACCUUCCACCAAACGCCAAGAAGAUCUCCAACUCGUACGAGGAGCGCCGGAAGCAGGCCACCGCCAUCGUUCUGCUUGGGGUCAUUGGAGCUGAGUUUGGUGCCGAGAUUGAGCCGCCCAAGGGUUUGGCUCGGGCUCGGGCCAGCAUGCAGGCACCCGAGGGCUUUGGGCUGACGAGUAGUGGAUCGUCCAACUACUCACUGGCCAGACACACGUGUAAGGCGCUGACCUUCCUGCUGCUGCAGCCCCCCAGCCCUAAGCUGCCCGCCCACAGCACCAUCCGCCGCACCGCCAUCGAUCUGAUUGGUCGAGGCUUCACCGUCUGGGAGCCAUAUAUGGACGUGUCGGCCGUGCUCAUGGGAAUGCUGGAGCUCUGUGCCGAUGCCGAGAAGCAGCUGACCAACAUCAGCGUGGGUUUGCCCCUCAACCCACCGGCGGAUUCGGCGCGCUCAGCUCGCCACGCCCUCUCUCUCAUCGCUACCGCCAGGCCUCCCGCUUUUAUUACCACCAUAGCAAAGGAGGUUCACCGGCACAACGCGGCCCAGGCCAACUCUCAGUCCCAGCAGAACGUUCACACCACCACUCUGGCCAGAGCCAAGACCGAGAUACUGCGAGUGAUCGACAUCCUGGUAGAAAAGAUGCCUGGAGACGUUGUGGACCUGCUGGUCGAGGUCAUGGACAUCAUCAUGUACUGCAUUGAAGGCUCCUUGGUGAAGAAGAAAGGUCUGCAGGAGUGUUUCCCAGCUAUCUGCAGGUUCUACAUGGUUGGGUAUUGCGACCGCAGUCACCGCAUCGCUGUCGGCGCUCGCCAGGGUUCAGUAGCUCUGUACGACGUUCGUACUGGGAAAUGUCAGAACAUCCACGGUCACAAGGGUCCGAUCACAGCCGUGUCGUUUGCCCCUGAUGGCCGUUACUUAGCAACGUACUCCAACGCUGACAGUCACAUCUCCUUCUGGCAGAUGAACACCAGUCUGCUGGGCAGCAUUGGGAUGCUGAAUUCGGCCCCUCAGCUCCGCUGCAUUAAGACCUACCAGGUCCCACCGGUCCAGCCAGCCUCCCCGGGCUCUCAGAACCACCUGAAGCUCGCCCGUCUGAUCUGGACCUCCAACCGCAACGUCAUCCUGAUGGCCCAUGACGGCAAGGAGCACCGCUUCAUGGUCUGAUCCGCUUCUGGACCCUCUGGACCUCGUGGGGUUUUCCUGAGGAAGUAGAGAAGCUGCCGCGUUUUGGCUUCCUGGUUGUUUCUGUUUUACAGUUCAUGUGGUGUAACAGGUUUGAGGAUAAACAUCAGCUCACCCAAAGAAGUGAAAACCCAUUGUAGAUUCAGGUCGGGGCUCUGUGGAUCUGUACUGAUAGUAGUGAUGUAUUCACAUGGUCCAGUCAAAGGUACAUGAUGAGUCUGUUUGCAUCACAGUUCACAAGCAUUCGUGUUCAUGUCAUUCCUUCCAUAGGUCUCACCUCAUUGGGUCCAGGUUGUACCUACGUUUUAGUUGCCAACUGGAUUUUACUAUGUGGAAACGCUGACUGGAUAAACGUACCAACUAAAAAGGCAUCUUCAAACACUAUAUUGCUUAUGCGUCUCAGCGUGAACCCACCUUAGAGGAGGUUUCUCCUGCUGUUGCGCCUGCUGCCUCUCAGCUUUGGUCCGUCCUCUGGAAGACGAACCCUCACUUUUCACAUCUGCGCUUUGGAAGCGUUUUCUGUUCCUUGUUCCACUUCACACUGAAACGUGUGUGUACGUGUUUACACUCAAGUGUAUUUAACUGUUAACCACACAUUCUCACUUCAGGAUGCAGCAAACCUUUAGAUGUUGGCAUAAAGAUCCAGGAAGGCUUAAUAUGAUUCUGCUCCACAGACCUGACAUGCUCCACUUUUUUCAUUGCACUAAUGUUUUUAUGGCUUCUCUGCUGUUCUCAGGACGGAUGACAUCUCUCCUGAUGGGUUGCUAUUCUUUGCAGAUGCUUAUUUUUGUUUCAGCUUCCAUGUGACUCCAUUUGUACAUAUGCAGUUUAUGGUCAGACGUGCUGUGAUGCAGUGAACAGUGGGGGCUGAUUAUUAAUUAUGGCUAUCGUGACUGUGGCGCUGACUCAUAGAUGUAUCAUCCAUUUGCACAUUGGUGUUGUACUUUAGCUACACAGCUAACCAGUGUAGCUAGUUAGCCUGGCGCUAACCCUACAGAACCACACAUGCUUCUAAUAGGAAAUCAGCUAAUAACCACAGCUAAAGAUGAUGUGUUUGUGGUUUUUCUACUUUAACUUCAGGAUGUCAGUUGCAGCUUUUCAUUGGUCUUCUAGCAUGAAUCUAUGUGGAUGACACAUUUUUGCACAUAAUGUUGUUUUAGUUCUCAGAGCAUCUAUAGAAUGAAUCCUGUCUGCAUCAUACUGAGUAAUGAUUUUAUCUUUGCUUCGUGUGUCUCUUGGAAGCAGCUGACCUAUGUUUGAGUUUGGUUUGAAGCACAUAUCACCGGCUUUGCCUCCUCCAUCUUGUUUUCUUCCCCUGUCCUCCGUGCGCUCUUCGCUCUCCUUACCCCCGUCCACUGUCAGUUUCAUUAGUGGUGUCAGAAAGCUUCUAACACCGUUACACACCUGUAAACGCCAGCGUGUCAAAGCUUUUCACAAGUUCUAUCCAGACGCACACGUCAAGUCCAGCAGGUCCAGACAGUUUUGAGAUCUUAAUCUUAGGUUUUCUCCUCCACUCUUAACGGUUUGAGAAAAUAUGUUUUUGGCAGCCUCUCGUGGGAGAGAAGGUGAGAAAAAUAAAGAAGGCAGAGAGAGCUGAAGAGUAAGUAACAAGUGAGGAAGAUCAGGUCAUCCAGCCAGAAAAACAAGGUUGUCUGGUGAAGGUAGUGAACCCAGAUGUCUUUGAGAACCUGCCACUUUGUCUUCAGACGCCUGCUGUUGUUCUCCUUCUCCCGCGUUCUCUUCUUCUUCUUUCUUGUGUAUGUGAGGCAGCGUCCUCGGCUGUAACUGAUUUCCCUCAUGUCGACGUGAUGAUCAGGUGAUUGAGUUUUAAUAAGAGUGAUCAUAUUGUUUUCAACUGCAAACUAAAGUCUGAGAUUCACCCUAAUGUAGUCAACCGCUUUUAUUGGUACUUAUUUAAUUUUUGUUGAUUUGAUUAUUUAUUGUUUAUACAGUUCAUGCAGUAAAUACAGUCUGGAUAUUUAAGUGUGUGUGUGUGAUGUGUUGCAUGUGUACAAGCUACAGUAUAUUUGAUGUAAUACAGAGCUGUCAACCUACCACAUCAUAUCAACCAUGUGUUGUUACAGUAAGAUGUGUUGUUGUUGACUCUAUGUCCAAAUAAAUAUUUCAAAUAACCAUA